AUAGAGUCAACAUGGCGGACAGUGGGAACACGAGUUUCGAAAUUGACAAAAAUGAAGAGGAAAGUAAAAGCAGUGAAUUAAUUCCGGGAUUUAAAGAUGUGACCUCUUUCUCACAGGCAAUGUUAACGAGUGUGAUGGGUGCUAUCAAGUCCUCCAAUGAACUGCCAGCAGAGGGGGAUGAUUUUGAUUACUAUUCAAGCUUUGAAACGUUUCGUUCCUUGAUGAACAUUGAAGGACAGAGAAUUCUGCAACUGAUGCAGACUUUGAUGAAGCACGAAGGAGUAAAGGGUAAUCUCCACGCUGAUUCGCACCAUAUGGACGUUGAGGACCGCUUUGAUGUCCUUGUUGAUGCUAAUGACCAGUUGCUGGAAAGAGUUGGCAACCUCCUGGAUGAGGCCGCCGGCAUCAAGAAAGCAGAGACGUCACUGGUUGUUGCAUCCACUGCUCCAAAAUCAACAGCAACAAAUGCCAGCUGGAAUAAAAAGCCAACAACGCCAUCCACUGCCAAAAAGUCAAGCUACAGGCUUCUUGCUGCCAGGUUUGUGCAGAGGCCUCAGUUGAAGUUCAAGGAAAAGGUUGAUAACACAUCGAGACCAUUCUACCCGAAGUUAACAGUGAAGCCACAUGCGCUGAAAUCUUUAAACGAAAGUAUCCGAUUGAAUCUGCCUGACGAUGAUGAAGAGGAUGAGAAGAUAGUGUCUAAUGAUUACCCCCAUCCAUAUGAGUAUGAGAUCAACCAGCUAGAGUAUGACCCAUCCAAGCUAGAGAAACAGGUUCCAAAGGAGCCUCUGCCCAUAGAAGAAACACCAUUAACAUUUGUGGAUAAAUUACCUGAUUUGGAGAAGAUGAUUUCGGUGCUGAGAAAGGAACAAGAAAUUGCUGUGGAUUUGGAGCAUCAUUCCUACCGUUCCUACCUGGGUAUCACAUGCCUGAUACAGAUCUCGUCCAGGAGCCAAGAUUGGAUUGUUGAUGCCCUAGCUCUCAGGUCGGACAUUCAUCUGCUAAAUGAUGUGAUGACAGACCCGAACAUCAUCAAGGCACUCCAUGGUUCUGACAGUGAUGUGGAUUGGUUGCAACGUGACUUUGGUGUCUAUAUCGUCAACAUGUUUGAUACUGGCCAGGCUUCCAGGGUGCUGAACAUGUCUCGCUUCUCCCUUGCCCACUUGAUGAGUCAUUAUUGUCAGGUGACGGCGGAUAAACAGUAUCAGUUGGCUGACUGGAGAAUAAGACCCCUGCCCGAUGAGUUGAUCAAGUAUGCCCGCGAGGAUACUCAUUAUCUCCUCUACAUCUAUGACAAGAUGAAGAUUGAACUAAUCGAAAAAGGAAAUGCUCAGAAGAAUCUGCUGAUAUCAGUAUUUGACCGCAGCAAACAACUCUGUCUCAAGAAAUAUAAGAAGCCUGUUUGUGAUGAAGAGAGUCACUUGGGAUUAUAUUACAAGAGCCGGAAGGUGUUUAACUCCCAGCAGAUGUUUGCUCUGAAACAGCUGUUUGCCUGGCGAGAUAAGGUUGCUCGCGAUGAGGAUGAGAGUUUGGGCUAUGUCAUGCCAAACCACAUGCUGUUGCAUAUCUCGGAACUUCUGCCCAGGGAAUCACAGGGUGUUCUAGCGUGCUGUAAUCCUAUCCCACCUUUUGUACGGCAAUAUCUCAGUGAAAUCCACAACAUCAUCUUGGAGGCAAGAGACAAACAACUGAUAAAGCUUCUUGCUGAUAAUAAGCACAUGAGACCAAGUGUUCUUGAACAUCCCAAAUACAAUGCCAGCAGCCUGCUCAACUGUCCACAUGACCUGUCGCAUGCUACGCCUGAGGUUGGAGAAGACCAGAAGAACCAGGUCAAUCUAGAUACAUCAAUGAUUGCUACAAGUUCCUUACUGUUCAGCUCAAAGAUGGCAAUACAACCGGAAUCGGCACCUCCUGCAUUGACCUCGGAUGCAACAUUCUCAGGACAGAUAACGUCCAAGCUGAAGAAAGUGGAAUCCAUCCUGGCAACCUUGGUCUCUCCUUUUAACAGGGUUUCUAGUCCACAGCCUAAGGUGACUUGGCUGAAGAAACCAAAGUUAUUAGGAAAAAGAGUAUCUGAACCUCAGAAUACUUGGGCAAAGAGAGUUGAAGAGAUUAAGAACAAGUGGGGAGCCUUCCUCACGAUGGCUGCUGACAAAAGUGACCAAGAGAAGCAACCGACUGACCCAAGUGAUGUGAAGAUGGAGGAGGGUGAAAGUGUGGCAGAGAAGUUUUUUAAGACAAAAUCUGGUACAAAUGGCAAAGUGGGCCAGAAAAGGAAACAUGAGGAGUCUGAAGAGGAUGGCAGGGAUGUUGGCAGGAAGAAAGUCAUACAGGAGGAGGUGGGAGAGAGGUUGAAGGAAUUCAAAGCUUUCAAUUACAGUCAAUCAGACUUUAGAGUAUUUGAAGAUUCAGGAAAGGGUAGAGGAAAAGGGGAAGGAAAAGGAAAAGGAAAGAAUAAAGAUUUCAAUCCAAGUGGUGCUGUCCAUUUUAGGGCUCCUGCAAAGUCAAAGUCGGGGAAAAAUCUAUCAUCUGGGAAGAAGAGUUUACAGUUUUCAAGCAAACCAUCAAGUUCAAAGCAAAACUGGCCAAAACGAUGAAAGAAAUCUACACAGUAAAAUCUUACUGUCAUACCUUCAUGCUGUAAACCAGUUAAUUUGGGACAGAAUUCCUCAAAACUAAAGUAGGCAGAGGUCAUCAUUUUUUGGGCUUUGUCUUUUAAGUGGGACGAUAGGCAGGACCUAGAGGUCAAAUUGGUGGUCAUGUUUGAUUCAACGAUAAAGACAUUCCUCGUACAAGACAUGAAUGAUGUACUGUUUGAUAUACUUUGUGAUAGGAGAGACCCCUCUUGGCAAUAUUAUGUAACUUAAUCUGAGCUACCUUGCUCUUUGCUAUAAGUUGCGGUUCCACUACAGGAAAGUGCGGACUACAUCCGAAUUAGUUGUGAUUCCAUUACAGCUAGUCCGGACUAAACAAGUCCGGCUCUCACUAAGAGCGGUCUUAUUAAGUGCGGAUAGGACAAGCGGAUUUAAGCCGAACUUAGAUCUAAAGCAGAAAUUACCUGUAAUGGAACCGCAUUAGUCCGGAUUAAGAUCAAGUUACUAAGUACGGCUACAGGUGGCGUGUCAAUGUGAACGUAUUGCGCAUGAGCGGAAGUGUUGGUUCUGUCAAAACAACACGCGGUAUUUCUGUCAACAGGUCAACUCUGAUUCGUUCUCAUUUCUCAUUUCAUUAUUCAAUUCUUAAUUUAAGUAAAUUCUAGUGCUUUAUCCUAACUAUGGCUCGCUUUUCAUGUUUCCUUACCUCCAGUUUUGAAGAGUUUAGCCAAACGCGCAUAGAGUGGCGCCGCCUGUAGCCGUACCUGUUAACUUACCAAUCCUGUAGUCGAACUGCACCACAUUCAUGAACAUGGAAGCACAGGUGAAUGCUGUCUGCAGAUCAGCCUACGCCCAACUGAGGAAUGUUGGACUUAUCCGGCAGUAUCUCAGCGCUUCUGCAGCCCGCUCGCUAGUGUGCGGCCUAGUCACAUCACGGCUGGACUACUGUAAUUCACUGCUCUAUGGCAUUUUAAAAGACCUUAUGAACAAGUUGCAGAGGGUGCAGAACGUGGCGGCCCGCAUCAUCACGCGCACCAAGCGUCGAGACCACAUCUCCCCUGUACUACGCGAGCUCCACUGGUUGCCAGUUGAGCAGAGGGUGAACUAUAAAAUCCUCAUGCACGUUUUCAAGUGUGUGCAUGGAACAGCCCCGGGUUACCUGUCAAGCCUAGUUAAUAUCUACAGGCCAGGCAGAGACCUUCGGUCAGCUGAUGACAACAGACUGGAAGUUCCAAGGGCCCGGAGCAAAUAUGGAGAGCGUUGCUUCUCUUUCUCCGCUGCUGUUCUGUGGAAUGCGCUCCCUUUUGAGGUCAGGCAAGCAAGGAGCCUUGCAUCAUUUCAGACGAUGCUAAAGACUCAUCUUUUUCGACAAUGUAAUUAAUAUUGUAAAAGCGCCUUUGAACGGAUAAUAAUCUGAAAAGGGCGCUUAAAUUUAAAUAUGGUAUAUACAUACAUACAUACAUACAUUCGUUAGUCCGGACUAAGCUAAGUUCGGACCUGAUGCGGAUGCGAUAGAAACGGAUCUAAACCCUGUAGUGGAACCAAGACUAUAGUCUCCCUUCAAGGUGACUGUCAAGAUCUGAGUUUGCAAAUACUGAUUGAGUCUUUGCAAUAGAAAUUUUUUUUUUUAAAUGAUGGCAAUUUUUGGUUUAUUAGAACCCCAAAUUGGGACGGUCAGAAAUCAUUCACUUAUGUUUUUCUGCCGCUGCUGCAUCAAACUUGACUUGUCGUAGAGAAAUGUACCCUAUGAAAACACUCAAGGUAUCAUUGGAAAGCUUGGGACAAUGCUGCAAUCUCUGAAAAUUAUUUCAAGCUAAUAAGCAUAUAUCGGGGAUCUAAAAAAACAUCCUGUUUUAAAAGUUUGACUUCGCAGUCAGUUUGAAAUUCGACCCUGAUCUAGCUUCGGAUAUCAUAAGUAAGCAAUCAAAAUUUCAAUUUGCUAGGCCCUAUAUCACUGAUGUGGUACUUUCGUAAAAAAUGCAAGUCUAAAAAUCCUAUAUCAGUGGAUUGGAAAACUGCCUUAUUUGAGCAGGAGCUCAAUGUGACCCCCUUCUUCCUCAACUACAACACGCAGACGUUUUUUCCAGGUUUAAGUGCUUCUUCUUACUUCAUCCAGAAAACUUUGAAACUUUGUGCCAACUCCCCUCAAUUUUUUCGUUUUAAAUUCAUUUUCUCAGGCCAUGAAAAUGCACCGUUUUAUUUCCUGUUUCGAAAUCCGUCGUAGAUCAAAUAUCUAGAUUCGUCCUGAUGAACAUGUGAACAAUGGGGCCUGCAUUGGGCUACCAUUCAGUUAGUGCGUAUUGAGUGUGGCGUAUUUUAAACCGAUUUCAAUGCGCAUUCGUUCCAGUGUGGGGCAACCAUUUUGAAACCAGUUUAGGGGCCAUUCAUUUUGUACAGACGCACGAAAAGCCAGAUUUUUGGACCCUCGCCCCUGUACGCGUGCUGUACGUUUCAGUAAAACCCCCCUUAAGUAUGUACGCACUGCGAAUCCUGCCAGUGUGGUAUUAGGACUUAUGCUUCAGUAUUACCUUUAUAAUGUAUAUUGUCUGAUGUGCCAGAGUGUCGACCGACGUCUAUUGUCGAUAUUAAACAGCUUGUUCUGAUGUAUUAAAUGAGAGUAAAUUCAGAAAUUUGAAAAAUGGCCAUCUAUUGAGGAAACAUUGUGCACAAACCACAACAAAAAAAAAGUCAUGAUGAAGCCAUCUUUAUCAAACCAUAAAAAACUUGAGAGGAAACAUGGUAUACAUGCACAUGACACUCAUAAGCGAGAAAAAAAGCUGGUUCACUAUGCAAAUGGUGCACUUGUAAAUAUGCCCCUAUGAUAUUGCUUUGUAUCGUGCUUGGAAGAUUAAAUGUCUUGAUCCAAA